GUAGGCUGUUUUCAGGUUCAGUUUCGGGGUCUUGUAGCAGGAGGGAGCGCACGGGAUGGAGACCUCCCCGUCCCGCGACGACAGCGGCGGCGGCGGCUCUUAACCCCUGGGAUUCCUCAGAGAGCUUUCCCCCAACGGCGCUCAAAGAGGGAUGGGCUGCAAGGGGAGCAAAAUGGGCUGCUGUGAAGCUAGCAGAAAGAAAAAGAUCAAAAUUCAGCAUGAAAGAGGACAGGCUUCCUGUGAACUGAAUGCAUUGAAGGCGGAAAAUGCUAACGAAGCCCAUUUACACGAGGAAGCAGAGAAAGGGAAGGCAGAGCUGCUGGGGAAGCAGAGAGAUGAGGCCACACAGCUCCAGCAACAACGCCCGGAGGAGAAAGAAUGUCUGAAGGAAGCUCACCGUGCUGAGACAGAGAAACUUAGCCAAGGCAUUAAAAUCCAGAUAGAAAAGGAGAAAGAUUUGCAGUGUAAGCAACAGAUUUCUGAGCAGUAUGACUUGCUGAAAAGAGAACAGGAAGAGAGGCUCCGAGAGCUCCAGAAAGCACAUGACGAAGAAAAGCUGCUCCUGACCGAAUCCUACCAAAAGUCUCAGUCAUCUUUACAGGAGACUAUAGACAGACUGAGUUCCCAGAUGAAGUCCUUCCAAGAGAAAAUGAAACGGGUGGAGGAGUCAAUCCUGAGCAGAGAUUAUAAGAAACACAUCCAGGAUUAUGGGAGCCCCAGCCAGUUUUGGGAACAGGAACUAGAGAGUCUGCAUUUUGUCAUUGAGAUGAAGAAUGAACGCAUUCACAACUUGGACAAAAAGCUACUGAACCUGGAAACAGCAAUGGAGAGAAAUUUGUUGCUUGAGGAGAAAGUUAAAACCCUUCAACAUGAGAAUGAAGAUCUCCAGGUACGGAUGCAGAACCACGUGGCAGUGUCAAGGCAACUGUCGGAUGAGCUCCUCACUCUCCGGGAGUCCCUGGAGAAGGAGUCCCAGCUGAGAGCGCAAGCUCACCGGGAGAAGGAGGAGCUGCUGUACCAAGUGCUGAGCAGCGAUUCUGCCCACCCCUUCCCUCUCUCCACGGAGGCAACGCUCAUCGCUACGUAGCAGGUGGAUAGGCCAAAACAGACUGAGGCGGGGUGGGGAAAGAGGACUAUAAGACAGCUCCAUUCUUUCAUCCGAGCCUUUCUCUUGUCAACUACACUUGGGGCUUACCCUGUGUGUCUCAUGAUGGCGUAAGAAAGGUUCCUGAGGUUUCACAUCCUUAGAUAUCCCCCCCCAUAGAUGGCCUCCUUGGUUUUGACACUUGAAAAGGUUAAACUGUCUUGCCUUAGGAAGGGUGGAACUCCACCCACCCCACAAAAGAAAAGAGGUCAGCUUUAAAUGCUAGCCAAGACAUUUCAGCAUAUGCAACUGAGCACCGGCUAAGGGUUUUUUUCCGUGCCCCUCAGGGAGGUAGCAGGAUUAACUACCUCAGAUAUUAGACCACAUGAGGUAUGGUGAUAAAUAAUCCCAGUUAUCCUUGGUUUAAGAUUUCAGUCAAUAUGGCUUGUAGGUGAGAAGAAGCCAUAGGAUAGAAGAAAGGCAAUGGAAGUUAAAGAUGCUGGCCCAGAUCCUCAAGUUCUGUCAUCUGUUAGGUUUUGGAGGAGCCAGGGUUAAAUUUCCAUAACUGCUUUGAUCUGAGCUGGAGGAGACAGACUCAACCCCAAACAUACGAUCAGAUUCUUAAAUGCAAAGCUUUGGGGAACUCAGACAAAAAUAUGGAUAUGGACUUCUGUGACUGAGGUGCACCUUAGAUAUUCACCCAGCCACAAGGGAGCUGGUUGUCCACUGUUACCAGCUCCUGCAUGGCGGGAAUAUUUUUUUUAAAUGACUCUACCAUGUGGAUAGGGCCUGAUCAUCACACGUCUUUUCUACAUGCCCUCCUCUAAGAUGUGCUCAGUCCCUGCCCAUAUGAUUUCCAUAUCAAAACUGCUGCAACAGAUAAGCAGCUCUGACUUAUAAAAUUGAAAGGGUCCCCCCUCAAAUUCAGUUCCUUUCACUCUUGAAAUAAAUAUUUUUCCCCCAAUGGAAGGUAUUUUGCUUGCUUUGAUGAGUUUUUUUCUUCGUCAGUUUAGAUAUUCUGUUAUUUGAGAAUGACAUAUUAGAAAUAGCCUUAAAUACUCAAGUGUUUGGAAAUCAAGAGAUGCUUUUUUAUGGGAUUAUCUUCUUGAGAACCUGAAACAAGAUGGUGCCCUCUACUGGUUGUGAUGCAACACUGCUAGUUGCAGAUAAAUGAGGUUGCUCCAAAGUGGAGAAACUACUGUAGAGAUAUAUAGCAGGCACACACAUAUAGUGGCAUUAAAAAAGAAAGGAAAAUUGAAUUGAGACAAAGUGGGUAUAAAAUGUAUAAUUCUAAUCAAGAAGCAUUUUUUACUCCCUGCACUGGCAGGAAUGGUGAUCUGUACUGCAAUGUGAAUGUAGUAAGUAAUGCAAAAACACUGGCUCUUAGCAAUAGUGUUGAAUGCUUAUGAAAAGCUAGUGAAUUUCUAGUUGUUGUCUGGGAGAAUGUAACACAGAUCUGCACAACAUAUGGACCACCCAGCCAAAUGUAGCCCCACCAGCUGUGUACCAGGUGCUUGAUUUACACACAUACACACCCCACACCUGUUUUUGAAGUACCUGACAGAUUGCAAAACCCAGAGACUGAUCAUAGCCGGUGGGCUGUGUUUGAUGAAGUGAAUUACAAACUAUGGAGGCCUAACGUCAGGGAUGGAUUUCAUUUCUGCCUCAUGGCUUUGUAGCAGCAACCUUUUUGUUGCUGACAUCUCAAUUCCAGAAACUAUAUUUAAGGAAACAAACAAAAAUUGCUUUUUUUUCAAUUUUGGCAAACCUUUAAUUGUCAUUCCUCACAUAUGACACAUUUCUGUCUGAACCAGGAAAACUAGAGUUUCUCCUGGAGAAACACAACUAGCUUGUAAUUAUGCUAUCUUAUUGAGGCUUUCACAAAAUGUUGGUAUGGUUCCAAGUGGGAAACCCAUCGCUACAGUAUGCCAGAGAGAUUAUUUGUUUAGAUAGGUAGGAGUGAUCUGCUCCAAAAUGGUGAUCACAGUGAAGAUCUCUAUGUGUGUGUGCUAAUGAAAACCUCUCACCUGAUCCUUCUUCUUCUUUUAAAUAAUAAUAAUGGUGAAUUUCAAACAGUG